AUGUAUUCGGAAGAGGAUAUAAACCAUGAGGAAUCUUCAAGUCUUGACACCCUGAAACGAAAGUUUGAUCGACUAUGCGAAACUUCAACAUUUCAAAAUUUUGCGACCGUGUCCGUUGUGACAUUUAUUGGAUUUUCACAGAAUGACACGACUUCAAAAAUAAGUUCAAUUGCUAAUGCAAUUAUUGAAAAGAAUGUGUUUGGACAGUCGGCUUGUUGUGUUAAAAACUGUGAUUGUCGAGCCAGUAAAGCGACUUUAUUGGCAACAAAUGGUAAAAAUCAUUGUUUAUGGAUGCAUUGUGAUCCGUCAAAAAAUACGAUUUAUCUUUUAAUGGAUUCAAUAAACAACUUUGAAACGCUUUUGCAAUUAUUGCAAGAGGUUCAACCUAAUAUUGAAAAUGAGCAAGAAUUUCAGAGUCAUAUCUGGAAAGAUGAGCAUGUUUGCUUACGAAUGUUAGUGUUUGCAUUUAUGUUGUCUCAUGUGGUGGUGUUGGCACAGCCAAUAUCAAAAUUGGAUUCCAACAUGGUUUCCUUGCUUCGAACCAUGUCUUCAGUCAAACGACACAUUAUGCCACACGCGAAUAAUUUCAUUAAUUUAUGCCUGAACCAUUUAGAGAUACCUUUGCCGUACGGAACAUCAUUCAUGGGUGGAUACAACGGCAAUAGUCGAACGGGAGCCUCUCAGGGUGGAAUGAUGACACCUGGAAGAUGUGUUCCAUUCAUAAUUUUUUUAUUUCAAGAGGCAGUUUCGGGUAGCAUAAAAAGGAUAAAAGAAGCCUUACAAGCGCGUAUUCGCUUUUUAUUUCGUACAUGCCAUCUUGUGCAAACUAGUGACUUGCACGCAUCAUUUGAUAGUCGGCAGCUCUUUACACUUCCGCCCCCUUCCUCUCAAUUCUUUAUUCAUCUUAUCACACGUGGAUCUACGGGCAAUUUAUUAUCACCAGAUCCACCUUUUGCUUUUAUCUCUAACAUAAAACCUCAUGAAAAUGAAAAAAUAGAUAUUGAAUCUUUGUUACGCAGACGCAAACUUGAUUUAAGAAACACUGAACAUUUUGAAAUAAAGUUAUUGAAGGAUUUUGCUCUUGGCUGGUUAAAAUGGGCCGCAACUGGUUAUCCCAGAAGCUUUGCUAAGCGUGGAAUAGCACCAAGCGAGCUUCCGAAUGCCAAGCAAUGGAUUGCAGGUUGUAUUGCCCUACAGGAAUUAUUAUUUGGGAAACUUGGAAAAGAAAUUUUAGAGCGAAAAAGUUUCAGUGCUGUCGAUGAUACCCUUAAUAGGAGAUUAAAAGAUUGCGUACAAGUUAAUAGUCGAUAUUCUGCGAAUCAUUGUGCUCAAGUGUUGAGGAAAGCUAUCGAUAUAUAUUUAUUAGAAUCACCCACAUAUUAUACUAAACAAUAUCAUGAAAUUAAGCUGGAUCAUGCAAUGAAAUCCUAUAUGUCAUCUGCACGUGGACCUUGUAUACAAGAUUAUGCCGCAAAAUUACGGCAAGAAUGUUACAGUAUCUGGGAACGCGGAAGGCAAAAAUGCGAAAUACAAAGUUUGUCUGGCCAUGAAUGUGUUCUAGGAGCGAAUCAUGACUCUGAUAGUGUUGAUGGGGGAAAAAGUAGCAUGAAAAAAGCAGUAAAGCAUAGGAGUGCAUUUCAAGCGCUUCAUGCAUGCAAUUGUGGAAAAAGUUGCCGAGAGAGGGAGGAUCCUUUUGGUUUAGUGGAUGCCAAUAUAACCUUCUUCCAAUUUCCAAAUUGUUGUAAUUCGGAAGGUUAUAACUAUCUCGUAUUACCUAUCGAGAAUUCGGCCAUUUCUACUUCAAUGUGGUCUCUUAUGCAGGUCGGAUCUGGUUCGACCUAUCGUUCUAAUUCUGGUUUAGAUAAGUGGGAAGGUUUUAUCACAAAUGCGAAUUUCCUUUUACCGUUGGAAAUUUCAUUGAUGGCGAAUUUAUCGAAAAAAGUUCAAGAAGAAUUGACGAAAGUGAAAGAAACACAUGGAUGGACAAUUGAUGUGGUUGGUAACGAUACCAAUAAAGCUAAGAAGUCUAGAGCGAAAGAAGACAAAUUGGCCAAUCAAAUUACAAGAAAAGGAUUUAAACAAAAAGGAAAAAAUGGAGAUGAUAUAAAGAAUGAUAGUGGAUCUACUUGGCCUAUAUUAGGAAAUGAAAAUAAUCAACAAUGGACUACACCAUCAGCGUUUUAUUUAAAUGAUUUUAUUCAAUUGAUCCGAGACGUUCAAAAAAAUCCAAUACAGUUAGAUGAGACACAAUCUGUAAUAUCAAACGUAAAAUGUUUAAAUACUAGUGAUAUAAAUAAAGAAAAACGUCAUAGGCGUGGGGGUAAAAAUAAUCAAAAGAAGGAGAAUGAAAAAACCGUGGCACCUUUCAUAUCAAUAGCGCCCAUGACCAAAGACAUUUACAAAAGCGAACAUGCAUUCUUGAAAGGAUACCUGGGCGUUGAGUACGAGUGUCCUCUUGGCCAUAGAUUUAUGAGUUGCGGUGGCGGACAAGUCUGCAAGCUCGGACAUGCAGGACAUAUUAAGGAAACAGCACAUAAUAUAUUAGAGCAGGAUCUGCCAAUAUAUAUUCUUUGCCCUUGUAGUAGCUCGACGAACGCUUUAACCAUAGCUCAACUGCAACGAAUAAUUAUUGUGACACCUGAUUCAUCAGUAAUGAUGGUGUUGAACCCAGUUAUUAAGAAUCGUAUAAAGGAUGACGUUAUAAUAUCUCCGAUGUUCAAUUUACACAAUGAUGAUUAUAUGUUUAGAGGGAUCUCGUUACCUAGAAACAUUCCAAUAUCUGAAAUGUCUGUCAAAGGCGAAGAGGCUGUUACCAUGACAUAG